AUGCCCGACCACAAAUCACUCCAGUAUAUCAUUCACCAUGUCUUUUUACCUCCACAGCUACCUCAAGGGGACGAUACCAGCGUAGCUUGCGAUCACGCAUUAUCAAGCCUCGUUCUCAGCUCUGCGGAGAGAUUCCAGAGAGCUACGGCUCUACAACUGGGGAUUCAAUGGAACCCUAUUUGCAAGAUGCUGUCCCAGUUAUGCGAAUCCAUGAAGUUACAGGUCCUUCCUGCCGAUUUGGUUGAAAAACAAAUGAAGGAAAUGAAGUCGGGAGAUAUUCUCGUGUUCUUGAUAAGGGCUCAGAAUGCUGCCAUUAUUCUCAGAAAAUAUGACAGCGAGACCACCUUCGAGUCUUUUGAAUUGUCGCCCACCACUGCAGCAGUCAUGGUACCUUCCACUGUCGCCGACGAUCCAAAGUUUCAAGAAGAGUUUUCUCUUUUCCUUGCAAAGAUGAACACUGAUGUGUUGGAUGACGCGGUGGCGACGACUAGGAAAGCUAAGUCUAACGUACGAGAAGAAAGGGAGACAACAGAUCCUCGCUACAUCAUCCAGCUUCUCACCGGCAUCUUACGUGGCGUAGGACGAAUAGCAGAAAUUCCUCGCAUCAGGAAGAGAAUAGGAGAUGAUGUUUUAUGGAACGAUGCGAGGUUGCCUUGGCGGCGGUCUCCACUCUGGCUUGCUAUCAGAGUAACAAUGCAGACAACGCUUGUGCGAAGAGAUAAGGAUGGUAAUGAGUACAAAUCAUUCAUGGCAUUCUUUAUGGCCAGCAUCCUUCGAAUGGCGUCGAAAUGUGAUAUGCAAAGCGACGUACUCUUUUGCAUGAGAGCAAAACUAUCUCGUCGCUUAUACAAGCUUAAAAGCAACGCUUUGCCUUUCGUUUCUGAUGCAGUCAACCAAGUGGCAGACGAAGUUGAGAGUAUACUGACAGGGCGAUGGAGGUCGGUGCAGGAAGCUCAGGAAACGUCAUCGCGCUGGGCUCCUCAGGAGCUCAAUUUUAUCGAAGAUACUUGUCUUUCUCUCACGAACAGCCGGGAUCACCUCAAGCGCGUUAUGUUGGAUCGAUCUCCACAAAAAUCGUUGUCAGCGUUUCAGCCUAGCCACUCUCCACGAACUCGUGGCAUCGAACAUUUCCUGAGUGUCGACAAAAAUCGUUUAGCAAAUAUCUUCCAGACCGAGCCAUUCACGGCACUGGCAGACUUCGAGUUAUCAAUUGAGGAAGGUUUUGACAAAUGGAUCGAUGACGUUGCCCCGAACGAUCGCCACUCUGCAUGUGCUGUCAUUUCUAACUGCAUGGAAGAAUACUUCACUCAAGCCCAAAAGCACUAUGCGCACAAUCCGGAAGAUAUGUCAAUAAUGAUCCUAACUCUGCUGGAACUGUGGGUGGGGAUGGACAAGCUGGCCGUGUUGGAGCAUAGACUCUUGGCCGACUACUCUCCUGAAGUCCCUGCAAACCUUCCAGAGCUUUUACUUCUGCGGAAAUCUGGUUCUCUGUAUAGACUUGAUCAGAUACAGCACUAUCUAAACAGCCGUGCCCACAGGGCACAGUCCGGCCAGUCAGUAUUUACCGACGGCGUUCGUGCACAGAGUUUUUCUGUUCGCUUUUUCGAAUCUUCAGCUAAGCAUCAGGAACUAAAGCGUCAAAUCGAACGGGAUGCCGCGCACGUGAGGGACCAAAAGGUCAUAGAGAUGCAAGAUAAGAAUGCGGAACAUGAAAGGCUUACUGAGGAGGCUCGCAACCUCGAACAUAUUUAUAUCGAAAAUAGACUUGGCGAAGAGAUCCACAAUAAGCCAGGUUGCUCCAAGUGCUCCAAAGAGAAGAAAAUUGCGGGCUUAAAGAUUCAAGUACAUGAGUGGCCACUGCCUGAAGAUACGACACGGGCGAAGGCUGUCGUUUUCGAGCUAGACUGUCCAAUCACUUUCAGCAUCUGGAGGUCUACUACGUACAACCUUCUAUCCAAUAUCCUCACCCCUGCCCUGUCCCGAACCAGUAUAGCCUCUCCUCCGACCAUCUUGACUGGAUACUCUGCGCUGAUUCCCUACUUGACUUCUAUUCCAAGCCGGCGGAUCACACUGGCAUCAACAACCAAGCCUUUCACAAAAUCUCAUUAUCAAUAUAUACCAAUACCUUCUUCCGAGCCUCGGGUCUGUCUCCCAAAUGCCCUAUCUUUCAGGCUUUUCGAUGUAUCGGGAAGCAGAUGGGCUGCCAACGCGUUCACUCAAUGUACUCGAAUCGAACGGUUCUGUAUACCUAAUCUCCCUGCUGGGCCGUACCAGAGCUUGCAAUACACGGUCGAUGGGACGUCGCAUUCCUCAAACACCGUUCUUUCUAAUCAAUCCCAGUGCCAUAAAGAGCUCACAAUUCACGAGUUCAUUGCAUUCGGGUCUCUACGCAGUGGACCAUUGCUUCAGUGGAUGAACAUAUUGAGGGAAUUACACGCACGCACGUUGAAUCUUCGUCGGGAGGAGGUCUACACCCUCAUGACUCAAGCUGCGUGGCAGGUGGGCCCAACGUCAGGCGAUGGAGUAAGGGAGUGGCAUGUUGAUCUAGUAGAUGUGAAGUUUUCAAGCGCCUUGUUGGACGAACUGGAGAACUUUGUAGUCACCGUGGAAGAGAAUUGGCUCGAAGACGUGUCGAUGAGGACAAUUAUUGCACUAGCUUGUCGCUUGCUCUCAGUGGCUACCGACGACAGCAUAACAGGCAGGACAUACACGUUGCUGCGUAAAGUUCGUGUCAUCACCUUCCGUUGGAUUCAGCAACUGUCUAAAAAACUUCACACGAUCGACAACGACCCGGACAUGCAAACCCAGGAAUUCCAAAGUCGAAUUCGUGACCUGGCAGCCACCUGUAGAGCAACAUAUGACGUCGAAAAGAAACAUCUACGAUUUCUCUUACGUUCCUCGGAAGAUGAGACCACGCUACUUCAGUGUGCUAUCGCGCUUCAUGAUAACAUGCCUUCAAAUCUCCAGAUGGUAUCCCCUGAAUCCAAGAGGUUGUUAGAUCGUGAUUGGCGCCUAUCACAUUUUCUGGAAGGGGUGUUGUCCCAGCGCAUUAUAGCAGAUGGUAGUGGGCUUAACGAUGCUAUUUUAGCUGUGUGGCCAGGGUACCGUCCUGGGGUAUUCUGGAGUCGCUUACAGCAUCCACAUGAACGCUGGCUUAUCUCUUUGACCAGUGAAAGUGACAACCAACGUUCACAAACAGUACACUUCAAUCUCUUUGAAGGGCAAUUACUCAUAGAUGGGAAGCCCUUGGGUCGACUUCCAUCUAGCAUCAUCCGACAUCCAACGUACUCUAUGCUGUUUGGACAGAAAGUACUUGACAUUGUCCCUUCUGAUAUUCAAGGGAUGGAGUUUGUAACGCGUGGAAAGGUAUAUGAUCGGCAGGUGUAUUUUUCCCUACGAAAACUUGGUAAGGAACUUGUGGUUCGAACAAAGCAAGGGGCAGAGCUUCUUGAAUUUAUUCCACGAACUACAUUUCUCAACGAUUUACCGAAGUUACUUGUCGAAGAUCAUACACACUGGUUGAAUUUACACACUGGGGAACUUCAAAUCCGACCUGAUCAUUAUCGCCUGAAGGGUCUAGAAUAUCCAGAGAAUUUGCUCGUCACCCAUAAACCUCUCGCCGAAAACUCUGGCCCUUCUCUAGUCGUCGAUUUGCUCCGCUUCAGACUGUCAUUUUUUGUGGAUACUAAUUAUCAUCUCCAAAGCCGCAAUCUGCGUGGGAUGGUAGUAGAUUCAAAUCAGUCAGCUGGUACUUUAUUUGGACUUCGCAAUCAGCUCCUGCUGCGAUCGAGCGAUCAAGAUCUUAAAUAUCAUUCGCGUCAUAGAUAUGUUCUUAUCCCGCAUGGCCAGCUCUCCUUUCAGAGACAAGGUCAUCAUAUAACGAUCGAAAUCGAUACGCAGAAGCAGCAUCGAGUCCAGCAUCAUCGUUACAAAGUUGACACUGUUCUAGGAUGUCUUGUUGGCAACGUCAGUUUGACAAACAAGCUAUACAAAGCCUAUCUCCAUGCUCUUAGCAGUAGCUGUCUACCUGAUCCUUUGACUGGUCGUACAGGCACCGAAGAGGCUCUGUAUGACUUGAGCUCUGCUGGUUGCCAGUCGUUCCAAGCUCUAGGAGCAGCUGAUAUAGAGCUUCUGCACCAGAUAGGUGCUCUCACCACGAACCGCACUUUCUAUCCAGCACAUCUAAAACGAAUGCAGAAGGUGGAAUGGGGUAAAAUUUCGCCUCUUGCCCAACAUCAUGGAUUUUACGCAAUGACAAACACGAUCCUUGAAUUCGCAAAUCGUAUUCAGGUGUUUGAAGAGAAGCCCAUCAAAAUUCAUUGCAGCGAUCGCAAUACCCACUUACUUCAGCGUGCUGCUUUGCGGAAUGCUAUGUUUUACCCGCAAGAAUUUACACAACCACUUCCACCUCACAACGGAGACUUGGAAUAUGAUAACAGAGCCUCGGUUGGUGAUGCAGAGGCCUCAGCAUGUGAUGUCGCUUCUUUGAUUUACCAAUGGCCCUUACGCUUGGCCACUUCCCAUCACUUGCUUGACAUAUUUCAACAGUGGAAACACGUUUCGGGCCCUCAGACUCUUGCAACUCCACGGUAUGAUAGCGACUGGUUUGAGAUAAAGUUAUCCGAAACAUGGAUCUCUCUGUAUGAUCUAUUUCGGAGAAGUACAAGGCAGGAGGUCCAAUACCAGCUAUUAUUUUCACUAUCUGCUAUGGUUUACGGCUCUCCAAGUACUCGAAACUACAUCGACACAUUGCUCGCAUUCGCCACAAAUCCUGAUUUCAAAACCAUCCGUCCACCUUUGUAUUCGUCAUAUGAUUUGAGAGAUGGGUUUAAACCACAACAGGAGGUCCUGCUUAAACUCGUUACAUCCUGCGCUCAUCCGUUUGAGCGCAGUCCUGAGGUGGACUUAGAAGCGCUCGAAGGAGAGAGCAAGACUUCUUUGAAGUUCCGUCGUCAUAGAAUUUACGAAGAGCAGAAAAUAUCUCAUGUGAGGAAGGCAGUAGAAGAUCUUAUUUCCCAAUGGCCAUGCGACAAACCAACUUGCCCGUCAUUUAUUUCCACAACACGAUUCAAUUCCCCCACUCUUAUGCAGAAAGUUAAACUUUUGUUCCUUAGCUGUUAUAAGAACAAAUAUCUUUGGGAAUAUACAGUGCAAGUACAAGUGGUUCUAGAUCGCGCGUAUACAUCAACGCUAAUCGAAAAACGACCUUACCGGUAUCGACCUUCUUUUUCUGGUAAUAAAAAUCACUGCAGCAACAGUAUCACAUUUAUCGAACUUUUCGAUCGCAAUGUUCCAGAUCUUGAUCCACCACCUAGGGAGCUGCCAAAAAUUCCUGAAUCAAUGAAAGAAAAGGCCAUUCCGAAAUCAACAAAGGGGUUGCAACGUCUUGUCUCGGAGUUCAGAAAUGACGGUGCAAACGCUUUUCAUCAGCUUUAUGGAGAGAAUCUGGCGGAAAGUUGGCGGACAAUGGGCCAGCAAUCUUCAGAUGGUUACCCUUCCCGUAUAUCUUACUCCAGAUCAGUGCUCCAGUCCUAUCUUGAACAGUGCGAAAAGCACUUCUUAGGUAUAUUAUGCGCAAUUCACCAAGUCAUGUCACCUCAAACUCCAGCUGAACGCGCCCUGUUAACUGCGGGACAGUGGCCACGUAUCACAAUAAGAUCACUUCUGCGGAAGCUCGUGCCCACCUCCGAUACAGCUCUCACGAUUGAAUGGAAAUCGGUGCUUAGUGCUUUGGCGGAAUCGCUGAUCCUCUUCCAGCGCUCUCAGAGAUUGUUGGCGUUUGCCAUGAGUCACAAGCACGAGGAAUUUUAUAAAGAAUUGGAGAAUACUGGAUAUGGCGUUUAUGAUUCUUCAUUAUACCCAGCCUGGCUUUUGAUCCAGAUAGAAAAUCACUUUCGUGUUCGACCUAUCCAGGCUGAAGUGGCUCGGGAGAUGAUGUCACCGGCAUCUGGACAUAAUACAACUCUGCAGCUAAACAUGGGAGAAGGUAAAUCAUCCGUAAUUGUGCCCAUAGCAGCAGCAGCAUUAGCAGACGGCGAUAAGCUGGUACGGGUAGUGGCGUUGAAAUCUUUGGCUACUCAGAUGUUUCAGUUAUUGGUCGAGCGCUUGGGUGGCCUAACAAACCGACGGAUUUUUUACAUGCCUUUCUCGCGGUCGAUCAAGCUGGAUUAUACCAAGGUUCAACUGAUCCAGAAGAUGUAUGAGGAAUGCAGAAGAGUGGGCGGUAUUCUGGUCAUUCAGCCUGAUCAUAUCUUAUCUUACAAGUUGAUGAGCGUGGACCAGCACCUGGCCUCCAGAUCAGAUGUGGCGAAGGGGUUACUCGAAUCCCAGCUAUGGCUAGAGUCGCACACCCGGGAUAUCCUUGAUGAAAGCGAUGAGAUUUUGCAUGUCCGGUACCAGUUAGUAUACACCAUCGGAUCGCAACAACAUCUCGAGGGCUUUCCUGAGAGAUGGACCACCACACAACAAAUACUUUCGCUUGCACGAAAACAUGCUCCUCUUUUACAGCAGAAGUACCCUUUGGGCAUAGAAGUACAGCAGAGCCCAUUCCACGUUUUCCCCCAAAUCCGGAUCUUGCAAGCCGAUGCUGGCGAGGCACUUAUUUCUAUGAUUGCUCAAUGUGUGUCAGAAGGAGACCUAGCUAACUUCCAUUUCGGUCAAUUACCCCUCUCUAUUCGCCAGAUCGUGUCGACGUUCAUUACUAGGUCAAAUUUAUUGCCAGAGCAUAUUCAGGUUAUCAAAGGCUACUGUCAGGGUAGCGGUUUGUGGAAGGGCCUUUUGUUACUUCGGGGACUAUUGGCUCAUGGUAUCCUUGUGUAUGCUCUGAGAGAACGUCGAUGGAGAGUGGAUUACGGUCUGGAUUUGCAGCGAUCAAUGCUAGCAGUCCCUUACCGUGCCAAAGACGUCCCCGCUGUUAGAGCAGAAUUUGGACAUCCUGACGUUGCUGUCAUCUUGACAUGUCUCAGUUAUUACUAUGGGGGCUUGUCGGAGAAGGAGUUGGACAUAUGUUUCCAGCUUUUGCAGAAAGUCGACAAUCCCCCCGUGGAAUAUGAAGAGUGGAUUCGCGGAUGCGAUGUCCCUGACACGUUACGUCACAUCAGCGGGCUCAACGCCAGGUCUGCGGAGCAGCGUAAUCGAUAUUUGAUUCCAUUGUUCCAACAGAACCAGGCAGUUGUUGAUUUUUAUCUGUCUCGGGUAGUUUUCCCGAAGGAAGCCAAGGAAUUCCCGCAAAAGCUAGCCACAUCUGGUUGGGAUAUCGCAGAAAGAAAGUCACAAAUCACUACUGGCUUUAGCGGAACGAACGACAAUCGUUUCCUCCUGCCAACUUCCAUAUUGCAGCAUGAUCCCCCGCACCAGAAAAGUACCAAUGCAAAGGUCCUUAGCUACCUCCUAAAAGAAGAAAAUAAUCGUUACAUGUGUAUGAAAAACCGAGCUGGAGAACAUUCGUUGACUGAGAGCUUUCUCAAGGUCUUGGUCAAUCAAAGUCCAGAAAUCCGGGUGUUACUUGACGUCGGCGCCCAGAUGCUAGAGCUACAAAAUCGCGAUUUGGCAAUUCUCUGGCUAUCUCUGAAAACUGAUGCCCAAGCAGCCAUAUUCUUCAAUGAGAGCGAUGAACUAACUGUAGUGGAUCGAGAAAGCAAUUCAGAGCUAUUCAUAUCCUCUCCUUACAACCAACAGUUGGAUCAAUGUUUGCUAUACCUGGAUGAUGCACAUACCAGAGGUACCGACGUAAAGCUGCCUGCGGGAUUCCGGGCUGCUGUCACGUUAGGCCCAAAAGUUACCAAGGACAGGCUUGCACAAGGUUGUAUGCGAAUGCGAAAACUUGGUAAUGGGCACUCUGUCAUGUUUUUCGCGCCUUUGGAAGUGGACAGGAGAAUCCGUGACGCUGCCAAGAAAGCGGCUGAUGAGCAAAUUGAUGCGUUGGAUAUUCUUCGAUGGGUGAUGUACGAGACAUGUACGGAUAUUCAGCAGCGUGCUUCUCAAUGGGCACAGCAAGGCGUUGACCACCGGGUUCGCGCAGCAGCCUGGUCUAGAUUCUCCUCCGGUGACAUUUCUCCCAAAGGAUUGGCGUCUGCAUGGUUACAACAGGAGGCCAGAACAUUGGAAGAGAUGUACGGUUUGGAUUUGUCGCAUACUCAUGCAGCUUUUGAUAUUCCUGAACUUCGCGCGAGAUGCAUACAGCUCGGCGUACUAUCCAUCAGAGCGGCUGGAAUGGAAGAGGAGCAAGAAAGAGAGGUCGUUCACGAGAUUGAACGUGAACGGCAAAUCGAAAGGCCUCCUAAGGCAACUGCGGCUCUGCAUCAUGUCCACAAAGAUGUGCAACACUUUGUUCGAACUGGUGUCAUACCAGCGGGAUCGCUCGCUAUCAAACCUGCUUUCACUACAUUGGCUGGAACGAACGUCAUGUUCAACGAUAGCCUUACAUGGACACCGAAUCUCCUAGUUACCGCGGACUUUGCGACCGUCAUUCAAAGUCGUGCCCCUCAAAACGCUCAAGAUUACCUGCGGCCCACUCACUGGAUUCUCUCAGCUCAAUUCCAGGACAGUUUACUUCUCCUCGUCGUGAGCCCUCACGAAGCGAACGAGCUGCUUCCCGAAAUACGAGGAAGAAAAAAAGUUCGCCUUCAUAUCUAUGCGCCAAGAGUGACCCAAACAAUGAAACCAUGUGACGAUCUCAAGCUAUACUGCAUUCCUCCAUUGCCAGCUAUAUGGGCUGUACCACCUGCAUUGACAACUCAGCUUAAUCUAUGGGCUGGUCAGCUCUACCUACCGAACUACGAGACGUACGAGCGACUCUGUGGAUUUUUAGGCAUAUACUCAAAAGAGACGAGUAAUGCUGUUACUCAGAGCGACGGGUUUAUCAAACCAAUAGACCGACCCACCGAUAUACGGUUUUUUUCACCGUUCCGUCAAAGUCCGGUACCUUGCCUGAAAGCUCUGAUCGGAUUGCGUCGGAAGGGAAUGGGCUUCUUGCCCACACACAUGGGGAAAAUACUACAAGGGAGACUGCUAACUGACGAGGACUUCGACCCAUGAUAUAUAUCCACAAUAGAGUGAUGUUACCUUGACUUAGUUGUUUGGUUCAAAUAUAGCGACUAUACUUUACCGACUGGAAAUC